AGCGCCGCCGGGGCCCUAAUCAAAUCUAAGCCUAAUAAUAAACGUCCUGAGUAAUGAGCGGCCGGGGUCGGAGCAGCCGCGGCCUGGGGAGCCGCGCCGAGCGCUCCCCACAGGGCUUAUGGACCCCGGCGGCCAUGGACUCCUGCCCUGAGGAGCAGUACUGGGACCCCCUGCUGAAGACCUGUGUCCCCUGCAAGCCCUUCUGCAGCCGUCGGAGCCCGCGCACCUGUAUAGCCUUCUGCAAGUCGCUCAGCUGCCGCAAGGAGCAGGGCAGGUACUAUGACCUGCUCCUGAAUGAAUGCAUCAGCUGCAUCUCCAUCUGUGGGCAGCACCCCAAGCAAUGUGCGUACAUCUGCGAGAGCAGGUUCGCUGGACGGAACAGAGAGAGCUUCCCACCAGAGCUCAGGAGGCAGCAGACAGGGGACGCUGACAGCAGGCCAGACCACACCGGCAGCUACCAGGGAUCGGUGCCCAAGGGCUUGGAAGCAGGUGCAGGUAAGCUUGGUGUUGGCACGAAGGUCAGGCAACAGGCCUAAAUGAGGCGGGGGAUGCAGAGCAGGAUGUCUAUGGUCCAGGCAGACACCAGGUGCAUUGAGGCUCAUCACAGGAUGGUAAAAAAUGCAGGGGAAAUUUCAGCAGCCCGUAGGCAUAAAGGGAAAAUGGAUGUUCAAGACCCCCGACAGGUUAGAGUCUUCCAUUGAGGUCACCAAGGCAGGGUGAGCUCUUAAAACACAGGUGGCAAGUAACUAGCCUUGAAAGCCGUCAGGUCAGGAGAUCAACACCUUCCUUCCACCAAGACUGCAGGCUUCAGUUCAGAAGCAGUAGAGACUUCCUACAAAUGAGCACCUGUGUGGCAGGAGUUGGCCGCACGGAUGUGGUAACUGGUGUCCUAGAGCUAGGCAUCUCCAAGAGCCGGGUGUUGGAAUGAUGUGAUUUUAUAGUCUCAGCUCCUGGCUCACGUCCCUGGCCUGUGGUGUCAGAAAGGCUGGGAGGGGGCUGCCCUGUGGGUCCAGGAACAUCUCAGAUGGAGAUUUCCCCUGCCCUGGGCUUGUCAGUGACAAGACCACAGAACUCCAGCUCCCAGAUGACAGACUGGUUUAUUUCCUUGGCCUGUACCUUCUUUCAUAAUCACCUAAUCUCCAUGAGGUUGGUCCCUGUGCCAGUUUGGAUAUAUUAUGUCUCCCAGAAAAAGCCAUAUUACUUAAUGCAAUCUUGUGGGGGCAGACUGAUUAAUCUUUUUGAUUAGGGUGUGACCC